AUGACGCUGGAUCUCACAGAGCUGGAUGCCCAUGAGCAGCCAGCCGACUGGUCGAGGUCUAUAUGGAAAGGCAUCUCUAGAGCGGAACAGAAGGAACUCUUGUCGAAUCCUAUGAUCACGGAUCCGAGGUCGUCCGACCAUCUACCCCGCCUCCGGCAGGCCGGCGCAAUAGCAAGUACUCAAUUAUCCAAGGCCUACUCUCACCUGGGCCACUCGACAGAGUCAGAAGAACUGGCAGAUGCGCCAAUAUACUAUCACCCUUUGCUUCCAGCAGGUCUCCUCAUCAUUCCCAAUCUCCUCAGCCCUGAAGUGCAGCAAACUCUUCUUUCUCGGCUGAUCCAUAGAGAUCUCAGUAACCCCAAGCACCAAACUAACCUUCAUCUUCAUUAUGAUCUUCCUUAUCCUCAAGACGAAUCAUCAUCCCCAGAAGCGAGGUCCUUCUUCACCUAUCCCCCAGACUCGUCCAUCCGCUUUAAACCUAAGGACCCCACGGUCCAUAAACCUCUGUCCAUAAAGCAAGUUAUGGAACGUCGUCUCCACUGGGUGACCCUCGGCGGCCAGUACGAUUGGACGAAUCGUGUUUAUCCAGGCGAAGAGCCGCCGUCCUUCCCUCUCGAUCUCGCAGGAUUCCUGGAAGAUUUAUUCCCAGAAACGGUCGCGCAGGCUGCGAUUGUGAACUUUUACACGCCAGGAGAUACGAUGAUGCUGCACCGUGACGUGAGUGAGAGGACGGACAAGGGGUUGAUUAGUCUCAGCAUGGGGUGUGACGGGCUCUUCAUGAUUACGCCUAAUGAUAUGAAGGAACCGCCCAAGAAAGAGGACGGGUCGGAUUGGGAUGCAAAGGAAGGGUUGGACUACUUGAUUCUACGAAUCCGAUCCGGAGAUGCGAUUUACAUGACACAAGAGUCCAGAUAUGCGUGGCAUGGGGUGCCGAAGGUGCUAAAAGGGACGUGCCCAGACUUCCUGGCUGACUGGCCGGCGGAGGAUGGAAAGUGUGAAGGAUGGAAGGGCUGGAUCCAGAAUAAGAGGAUAAAUCUCAACGUGAGGCAGAUGAAAGAUUGA